AUGGCGCGAUUUAGGGCAGAAGAAAAUGUUCGGGGACGUUGGUGUAAGGUUUUGGUUGGAAACCGUGGAGUGAUUGGCAGCCCUGAGUGUUAUUGCGCCAAAAAGAGAAGAAUAAAGAUAAGAUUGGCAGCUCUUUGUGUUAUCGCGCCAAAAGAAAAAGAAAAAGAAAAAGAGAAAGAGAAAGAGAAAGAGAAAGAGAAAGAGAAAGAAUAA